CUGAAAUAACCUUUGCUUACUACUGUUGUGCACUUAGUUCUUUACUGAUCCGUCAGUACGCUCCUUCCGAAGUACUAGUUAAAUUAUUUUUACAACUAUUGAUGGAAAUUUGAUGGGUCCAGUUAAAUUACUCGGGUAUUAUAUCAAGAGAUAUUGUUUGAUGGUAUCAUUACCAAUAAUUACAGUGACUUCUAUAUUUUACGACCAAAAGCGUACUCGUUCGUGGAAAAAUCAACAGUUACUUGAGCAGCAACAGAAUAGUUAAAAAGUAAAUUAAUCAACAUGGUAACUUUGAAAUAUCUGGUCAGUGUAUAUUACCCGGCAUUGAUUCCUUUAACCGGAUUUAUAUUUGGAAGUUACUUAGACCGUCAAGAGAAUUUAAGAUUAACUAAAUUCAGAGAUAAAUCUGCUUUAUACGGAAGGGAACUUGCACCUGGGGAACCACCUUCAUGGCCAUAAUUUAGAAUUAACAUGAAUAUAUUUAAUUCAAAUGUGUAUUACAAUUAAAACCUUUAAUCUAUGUAGACGAAUUUAAAUAUAGAAUUAAAUUUA